CAAAUUGAAUAUUACUGUUACUUGCUCUGUGAAUUAAACUAUCCUUGUAUUGUUUUAAAUUCACCAAUUUAACUCUAGUUAUUUCUAUUGUACAAUCAAAAUAUUGUAAGUUUCACAAAGGGAGCAAUAAAUUUCAGGUUUGAAUUUUAAUUCCUUUUUCAUAACAAUAAAGUCACGGUAGUAAAUUCAGUCAGCUGUUAGUAAAUAUUGUCAAAAUGAUAGUGAAACGAGGAGCCUUCAUAGUUAUUGAAGGAGUGGACAGAACCGGAAAAACAACACAAGCGAAGCAACUGGUUGAUAGUUUAAGAAAGAGGAACAUUUUGGCUGAAUACACAAAUUUCCCAAACCGCAAUACAGAAAUAGGCAAAGUGAUCAACAGUUAUUUAACAUCCAAGAAUGACCUUCCAGAUGAAGCCAUUCACCUAUUGUUCUCAGCCAACCGCUGGGAAAGGUUACGAGAUAUUAUCAAGACGUUGGAGGCAGGCACCACCAUUGUUGUAGAUAGAUACUGUUAUUCUGGAGUGGCAUUUUCAGCUGCAAAAGGACUGGAUUUAAAUUGGUGUAAGUCAUCAGAUGUUGGACUACCAAAACCUGAUAAAGUAUUUUACUUAACAAUCCCUCUAGACGUAAUGCAAAAAAGAAAAGGUUUUGGGAAUGAAAGGUAUGAAGUGCCAGAAUUUCAGAAGAAAGUUAUCAAAACCUAUCAGGAAUUGAAAGAAGAUGAUUGGGAUGUAUUGGACGCUGAUAGGACACCGGAAGAAAUUCAAGAAGACUUACUAAAAAGGACAUUAAACAUUCUGAAUACAAUCGAAAAUCCAAUUGGGAAGAUUUGGACUAAUAAAUAAUUCGUGAAGACCAACUUUUUAUAAGUAUUUUAUUUAAAUAGCUGUGCUGAGGUUGUCAGUAAAUCAAACUUUUAGAAUAAUAUACAGAAGAUAUUGAAUAAGUUUAUUAUAAGAUUAAUAAAUCUAGAUAUGUAAUAAAUAUGAAUACCAACUUUUA